GCCAGCAGUGAGUGAGGGCUGUAGAGAGCCGUUGAUUCUACUACUGCCACACACACACACACUUACACACACACACUGAGUGCUCUCAUGUAUUGUGUAAUUACACACGACGAACAUGACUCCUGAGUGACGUAUGGACGUACGGACAAUCACUCCUUUCAAUGAACGAACGGUCUCUGUAUAUCAAAUGUGCUGACACGGCAACAGCACACAUCUCUGCUGCCACAUCAAACAGACCUGCCCUCAUAGCUAAACCAACUCACUCACUCACAGACAAAAACCUCUCGCCGACCCCGAUACGAGAAACCACACCACACCCACUAGAAAGCCCUCGACCGACCAAAAAACCCCGCCUAGCCGCCCUCUCACUUGGCUACUGCACUCCUCUCCUGUGUGUGCUGUACUGGCCACACGACCCACCCCACACAGCCGUACUUGUGCUCGAACUUGGCCUCCCACUCGUCCAGUAUUUCCUUCUCAAACAGGUUCAGAUCCCCCCAGUCCUGGCGGUUCAUCUCGCUCUCCUCAAACGACAUUCUCGCGAGGGCGCGCGAGGCGUCCUUGCCGGCGAAGCAGUGGUACGGCCCGCCCUGGCCGUACAUAUCUCUCCCACUCCUGGUGCUGCUCAUGUCAUACACCUGAUCGGUGGAUGGAAAAUGGCGCACACACAGGACACAAUGAGAUGAGUGGCGUCAUCAGAGAUGCUCUGCGCGUACCUUUCCUCUGACGGCCACAUACACAGGAGCGCCAUCAGCGCCUCGAAAUGCUGCCAGUUCUUCGAGCGUGAAGCCUCGUGGGCAUGGAUCUGGCUUGGGAGGCGGCACGUAGGUCUCCUCUUCCUCCCGCUUUCGUGGCCAUAAGAGGUAGGUCAUGAAGGCCGCCGCCGUGACGCCAACACCGAGCGCCACCCAUGGCCACCGGAUCAGAUCUUUGACGCUCUGCAGCCUCUCGCGAAGCGUCGCUACCAUUGCG